AUGGAUAAAGUUUGCACUUCUUGCAACGCAAAAAAGUGGACCGGUGAGCAACCUGGGCUUUGUUGCUUUGGGGGCAAAAUCAAACUCCCUUCUUUAGACGAACCUCCCCAGCCGCUUAGGGACCUCUUUUUGGGGACAACUUCGGAGUCAACGCAUUUUCUUGAAGCAAUACGGAAGUACAACUGUUGCUUCCAGAUGACGUCUUUUGGUGCGAAGGCUAUUAGUGAAGGGGGAUGGAUGCCUACUUUCAAAGUGCAAGGCCAGGUUUACCACUUAAUGGGAUCACUUUUGGCUGAUCAAGGAGAGCCACCUCAGUUCCUACAAAUUUACAUUCUCGCUGACUACAAGAAGCAGGUUGAUGUGCAUCUCGGCAUUUUGCCUACUGAUAUUUCCGUAGGUCCCCGUAGAGACAUUCUGUUCCGUCUACAAGACAUGCUUCACGAAACUAACAGUUACACCCGAAGCUUAAAGUUUGCGUUGCAAAACAACUCUUCGCCCUCUUUCAACGUUGUCAUCGAUGCAGACAGACGGCUUCACGGUGAGCAUGAGUGUCGCUUCAAUGCUCCUGCAUGUAAUGAAGUUGCCUCAGUCAUCCACGGUGAGGAGCAUAAAAGCCGUGACAUUGUCGCAAAGGUACCGAGGCGGUGGUCUGCACCGCAUCAGUGA